UUUCCGCUGUAGGAAGAUAACGUGCCUAAGGUGUUUGGUUCUUCAUCCGAAGCUAAGGCCCGCAAUCCGGCGACUAGCACCAUCAAAUUUAGGCAUCCAACGCGACAAACAUAAAAUCUAACAUCUACAAUGGCCUCCGUGUCCGAGCUCGCCUGCAUUUACUCUGCUCUGAUCCUCCACGACGAUGAAGUGACCGUCACCGAGGACAAGCUGAACGCUCUUAUCAAGGCUGCUGGAGUCACCGUGGAGCCCUUUUGGCCAAGUCUGUUUGCCAAGGCUCUUACCAGCAUUGACAUCGGCAGCCUGAUCUGCAACGUCGGCGCCGGAGGUGGAGCUCCAGCCCCUGUUGCAGGAGCUGCUGCUGCUGCUGCUGGUGACGCCCCAGCUAAGGAAGAGGAGAAGAAAGAGGAGAAGAAGGAAGAGUCUGAGGAGUCUGACGAUGACAUGGGCUUCGGUCUCUUCGAUUAAAACGGCUCUUUUUUAAGAAAAAAACCAAUAAAACUACAAAAAUGA